CCUACUUUGCUCUUGAAGCGCGAUUUGUGACCUCUCCAAGAUCCCUGUUCUUGGCGGACAACAAAACCGGAUUCUCGCAAGAAGUGUAGAGCCCACACAUAGCAUCACGUUUACUGCCAUUAUCAGACAACAAUAUACUGCAACUACCUCUACUAAUACAGAUUGAUUCAGCAAGAUGGCGGCACCAAGCAAGAGCACAGAAGCUGUAGCAUGGGACAUGCAACCAGGCCAAGGUGAGGUUCAAGAACAAUGGCCCAUUGGUCUUCCCAAGCCUCCUUCCAUGAAGAAACUGGAAGUAGACGAAAUGGAAGAUACCACUAUUCCCAUGUGUGUCGUCUUUAACGCCAACACAGUCGAAGGAGCAACCAUGGUCCGCGUCUUGUCCGAGAAGGGCCUUCGCGUGGUGGCUGUGGUCCGUGUCUUUACGGGAAAAAAGACCAAAGAACUCAUCAAAUUGAAGCGCGUGGUAGUCAAGGUGGCCGAUUGGAAUGAUCGCGAAUCCUUGGUCAAGGCCGCUGAAGGCUGCGAACGAGCCUUCUUGGUGACUCGCUAUUGGGAACGCUUUGACAGCCGCAUUGAAGAACAAAUGUCCAUGGCCAUUGUGCAGGCCACGGCGGACGCCGGUGUUAAGCACUUUGUCAUGGCCACCUUUGAAGAUACACUCGAACUCAAGGCCCGAGGAUUAAAGUCACAGCUCAUGCCCGAUCGCAAGGGACGAAUCUUUCCCAAAUUCGAAGGAAUGAGUGAUAUUGACGAGAAAGCCAAGGACCUGGGUAUUUCCUUGUCCCACAUGAUGACAUCGUACUUGGAUUUGGAGGGUGCCAAGAAAUCACUCAUCUUGAUCCGCGGACCGAAUGGAAAGGUAAUUGUGCAGCCGUAUUUCAAAGACCCCUUAGCGCAAAGCACCGAGUAAGGAGGUGGCGGUUCCAUCCACUAAAGAAUAUGGAAUUGCUCCAUACAUGGCGGCCUGUGAUGACUGUUUUGAUCAUGACACUGUACUCUUCUCUACCACUGCUGGAUGAUGCAGUUAUAUAAAGAAAUUCAAGUUGUAACUACAUUAUAUACCUACUUGUUCCACUCAGUAACGAGGCAACGCAACUGGAUUUUUAGCUAGCUGGCUCAAAAGUAGUUCGCACUAUUACAUGUAUGCUUGUCUGGUUUCAUGCCCUUUCCAAAACCAAACCCCAAAUGACCCUCACUUGUUUCAGCAAGCCACGGUGCAGCUGCUUCUUUUCUUCAUACUAUUACAACCCCAUGG